AUGACUUCGAAACGCAGCUCACGUGCCUACGUGGACGAAGCGACACACCGCCAGGAGCCUCAACCGAAACCCACAAACACCCCGUUCCGAUCGAGACGCAGCUCCAGAAGCUCCGGCAAGGAGGAAAUGAUGCAGGUGGCCAAGGACACAGAGGAGGGCCAGCGAAACGGCGUCUCCAUCCGAGAGGCCACAUCCAUCGCCCGGUCUCAGAGCACCUCCACCAUGGGCAGCAGCAAUGAGGUUUCAACAAAAGCAUUCGAGUCGACUGCCAUGUCCGCUUCGUCUUCCACCUCCUCCUUUUCGUCGCAGGGCUCGGAGCAUCCUCCCGCACCGCUGAACGGCCGACCCCUCAACUUUGGCAUCGUUGUUCCUGGUCUCUACCGAAGCAGUUACCCCAAGCCCUCCGACUUCGAGUACAUCAAGAGCCUGAAGUUGAAGACGGUAGUGACCCUUGUGAAGAAGGAUGACCGUGACCAUGAAUUGGAGUCAUUCCUCAACGCCCAAGGCAUCCUCCAGGUUGUCAUCCACAUGAAGGGCACCAAGAAGGAGGCCAUCCCCCUGAAGACGAUGAAGUCCAUCCUCAGCGUCGUGCUCAACAAGGAAAACCACCCUCUCAUGCUGCACUGCAACCAUGGCAAGCACCGAACUGGGUGUGUUGUUGGUGUCAUUCGGAAGGUCUCUGGCUGGGAGACAUCCAACGUUCUGGAUGAGUACAAGACUUACGCCGAACCCAAGGCCCGCGAGUGUGACCUUGACUACAUCAGCGCCUUCCAGAUUUCAACGCUUCGACUCUCCACAGAAGACCACAUGGUGCACAGCCCGGUUCAUGUGCGAACUUUUUUUCGGGCCCUCUUGUUCUCAUUUGUCGUCCUAGUCCUUUGGCUUGUGUCAGGCGCCCAGAUGCGUCCUAGGAUAAAGGACGAUGAUGCACUCAAGUAA